UGCAACUGAUAUACCCGGUCACGACGUCCAACGAAACAGUCUCCUUUGCCUUGGCACUAAUUCAGAAGACGUUGUGACAUAGACUAUGGCCUUGGUUAUGGAGCCAAUCAGUAAAUGGACAGCCAAGCAAGUCCUGGACUGGAUGAAAGGCCUGGAUGACUGUCUGCAGCAGUACAUCAAGAACUUUGAGCGGGAGAAGAUCAGCGGGGAGCAGCUCCUGCACAUCACGCACCAGGAGCUGGAGGAGCUGGGGGUCACGCGCAUCGGACACCAGGAGCUCAUCCUGGAGGCGGUGGACCUGCUGUGCGCUCUGAACUAUGGCCUGGAGACGGAGAACCUUCGGACCCUGUCCCACAAGCUCAACGCCUCGGCCAAGAACCUGCAGAACUUCAUCCUGGGUCGGCGCCGCGGGGGUCACUACGACGGCCGGGCCUCGCGCCGGCUCCCAAACGACUUCCUCACCUCAGUGGUGGACCUGAUCGGGGCGGCCAAGAACCUCCUGGCCUGGCUGGACAGGUCCCCAUUCGUCAGUGUGACUGAAUACUCGCUGCUCAAGAACAACAUAGUUCAGCUGUGUCUGGAGCUGACCACCAUCGUACAACAGGACUGUACUGUGUACGAGACAGAGAACAAGAUCCUCCAUGUGUGCAAGACUCUGUCUGGGAUCUGUGACCACAUCAUCUCGCUGUCGUCCGACUCGCUGGUGUCUCAGUCGGCCCACCUGGAGGUGGUGCACCUGACCAACAUCAUGCCCAGCGAAGGCCUGGGGAUGUACAUCAAGUCAACAUACGACGGGCUGCACGUGAUCACAGGGACCACAGAAAACUCUCCUGCUGACCAGUGUAAGAAGAUCCAUGCUGGGGACGAGGUGAUUCAGGUCAACCACCAGACUGUGGUGGGCUGGCAGCUGAAGAACCUGGUGAAUGCCUUACGGGAGGACCCCAGCGGAGUCAUCCUCACGCUGAAGAAGCGGCCCCAGAACACGCUCGGUUCCACGCCCGCGCUGCUGAAGAACGUCCGCUGGAAGCCCCUGGCCCUGCAGCCCAUCUCCACUAACUCCACCAGUACGUCCACGACCCCGAGCAGCACAAUGGCCUCUCAGAUCGACGGCUCCAACAUGCAGGACGUCUUCAUCCUGUCUCCCGUCUCAGGGCUCUACGGAGCCAGAGACGAGAUGGGCAUCAUGUCCUGCGACAACAUGGGCAAGUACAGCAUGAGCAAGUCCAGCUCCAAGUGCUCCGAGUCGCUGAGCUACUAUCUGGACCAGGAGAGCGGGCAGUUCUACUCGCUCGUGGAGGGGGAGGGGGUCCCUGUGGGCCCCGAGUACGACAGGGGUCGAUCCACCGGCGUCCGCAGGCGAGAGAAGACCCCAACCCACGGCGACCUCAGGCCCGUGUCGAUGCCCGCGGAGUACAACUGGAUGGCUGAGCCAAAGGAGCCCAAUAUGUACAAGAGGGGCAGCCGAGACUCGGACACCUCGCUGCUGCGUUACCUUAGCGACGACAAGAUCCUGGUGAUCCAGGAAGAGGGGGAGCCGGGCCGCGAGUGCAAGCGCGACACCAGCCGCCGCUCGCGCAAGAAGAGCAAGACUCCCAGCAGCCCCAGCUUUCCCAUCAGCCCCUCGCUGCUGGCGUCCAACGUGCGUCUGGACGCGCCCCCGCCCGAGGGCCUGCCCUUCCCUCUGUCCGAGAACAACACCAUGCCCUUCUACCACCAGCAGAGAGCUGGGGACACACUACGAGUUGAAACAUCAGAGAGGUACAGUGUCUCUGGGGUCCCUGGGAUGGACAGACAAACAGGGUCAUCAGCCAGAAAGUCUUUUCACUACACGUCCUUGAGAACGAAAACCAAAAAGAGGUCUAAAGGUUCCCUGACCAGCGGGAGUCGGCGGAGGAUCUCCUGUAAGGACCUGGGCCACGGCGACUGCGAGGGCUGGCUAUGGAAGAAGAAAGACGCCAAAGGCUACUUCACGCAGAAGUGGAAAAAGUACUGGUUCAUCCUCAAGGACUCGUGCCUCUACUGGUACCAGAACCAGAACGACGAGAAAGCAGAGGGCUUCAUCAGUCUCCCAGAGUUCAGAAUAGACAGAGCCAUCGAGUGCAGGCGGAAAUUUGCUUUCAAAGCCUGCCACCCUAAAAUCAAGAGUUUCUUCUUUGCCACUGACUGUUUGGAAGAAAUGAACAGGUGGAUGAACCGCCUGGGCCUGGCAGCCAUUGGCUACACACCCGAUGACAAGGUGCCGCGUCCAGAUGAAGACUACUGGAGUGAGAGUGACCAGGACGAAAUGGACGGGUCCAUGACCUUAAAACAAGACGGACCAUCAUCGCUGUGUGACACCUACCAUCGCACUCCCUCGGUUCACCAGCUGCACUGCUACGACCAGCAGCUGCCGCGCUCCCAGAGCUCGGUGAACCUGCGGCGCUCCCUCACGCCCUCCCCUCUGCCCCUGCAGCUCACCUCCUCGUCCAGCCCCUUCCCCGAGCACCAGGCGCGCCACUUCUCCAGCGACCAGUCCACCACCUACUCGCACUCCUCCGCCGAGGACUCCACCUCUGCCGGCGGUGGUGGCGGUGGGGGAGGAGGUGGAGGUGGAGGCGGAGGUGGUGGGGGCGGCAGCGGGGGUAAACGCUCCACGCACCGCGAGCGCCGCUCCUGGCAGGACCUCAUCGAGACGCCGCUGACCAGCUCCGGCCUGCACUUCCUGCAGACGGUGCCCCCCGGUGGCGGGGGAGGGGGAGGCAGCGGGGGGGAGGGCGAGGGGGGCGACGGGUACGGAGGGGGUGGCGGGUCGGGCGGGCGUCUGUCCAUGUCGCCGGAGCGGCGGAGGCAGGCCACGCUGCCCGUACGCCGCCACCACCACGUGGACCGCGACGGGCCGUUCCCAUUGGUGGAGAGCGUGGGCGAGCGGGGCACCGGCGGUGGCAUCGGCGGCGGCGGAGGAGGAGGGGAGAAGCACGGGCAUCGGCGGACGCACAAGCAGCGCAGCCAGAGCCUGCCGCGCAACCGCGAGCUGCGACCGCCGCGCUCACACACCUCCGCCAGCGCCACCCGGGCACACGCCCACCAGGAGAGGAGCGAGGACGAGGAGGCGCCCGCCAACACACACAGCGACGAGGGCAAAGAAGCGGGUGAGGAGCCCGAGGGCAGCAGUAGUGCGGCAGCGCCGGCAACAGCGCCGCCCGAUGGCCUGGAGGAGCUGUACCGCUCGCUGGAGCAGGCCAACCUGACGGCCCUGGGCGAGCUGAGGCCCACCACCAAGCAGGAGUUCCGCCGCACCUUCCUCCGCCGCUGCGGCGACCCCGUCAUCAACGACAAGGUGCACCAGGUCCGAGCCCUCAACAGCACGCUCAAGGCCAAAGAGGGCGAGCUGGCCCUGAUCAACCAGCUGCUGGAGGAGCCGCAGCUCACCUCCAAGAAGCUGCGCGAGUGGAAGCAGUGGCACCACGAGCUCUUCCUGGACAUCUGCGAGUUCAGCUCGUCCAACAACGGAGCGGCCAGCGACCUCUCGCCCGGCCUCGCCGCCCCGCUCAUGAUGCACACGCACUCCUUCAUCGAGACCCACGUGUAG